AUGGGGUGCUGGAUUUUGAAUGAAAGUCUCUCCAUCAUAUUAGUACUCUCAUGGCUGGGAGUAAAUUUAUAUCUGUUUAUUGACACAUUCUGUUGGUAUGAAGAGGAAGAGUCUUUCCUUUAUACACGAGUUAUUCUGGGAUCAACACUGGCUUGGGCUCGAGCAUCUGCAGUGUGCCUGAAUUUUAACUGCAUGCUAAUUCUAUUACCAAUCAGUCGAAACCUCCUUUCACUCAUGAGAGGGACAAGUAGUUGCUUCAGAGGACCAUGGAGGAGGCAAUUAGACAAAAAUCUCAAAUUCCACAAACUGGUUGCCUAUGGGAUAGCCAUGAAUGCAACCAUCCACAUCUUGGCGCAUUUGUGUAACCUGGAACACUACCACUGGAGCCAAUCGCCGGAAGCAGAGGGACUUGCAGCUGCACUUUCCAAACUUGGCGACACCCCAGAUGAGACCUACCUCAACCCCAUCCGGACCUUCCACACAGUGAAAAAAAUAAACAACAGAGAAAACACAAUCACUGAGUUGCUAACGACAGUCGCGGGUAUUACUGGCCUGUUGAUCUCUCUGGCUUUGAUCUUGAUCAUGACCUCUUCCACCGAGUUCAUUCGGCAGGCGUCCUAUGAGUUGUUCUGGUACACACACCAUGUUUUUAUCAUCUUCUUUAUCGGUCUGGCUAUCCACGGGGCAGGUCGGAUUGUUCGAGGGCAAACCGCUGAGAGUCUUCUGCUACACAACGUCACCUUCUGCAGAGACCACCUCGCUGAGUGGCAGACAGCUGCCCGGUGCCCCGUGCCUCAAUUUUCUGGCAAGGAACCUUCGGCUUGGAAAUGGGUUUUAGGCCCUGUGGUCUUGUAUGCGUGUGAAAGAAUAAUUAGGUUCUGGCGAUUUCAACAAGAAGUUGUCAUUACCAAGGUGGUAAGCCAUCCAUCUGGAGUGCUAGAACUUCACAUGAAAAAGCGUGACUUUAAAAUGGUACCAGGGCAGUACGUCUUGAUCCAGUGCCCAUCCAUUUCCUCGCUGGAGUGGCACCCCUUCACCCUCACCUCCGCUCCCCAGGAGGACUUCUUCAGUGUGCACAUCCGGGCAGCAGGAGACUGGACAGAAGCUUUAUGCAAGGCCUUUGGGGCAGAGGGACCGGCCCUGAAGGAGCCCUGGAGCCUGCCAAGGCUGGCGGUGGACGGGCCGUUCGGAGCUGCACUGACAGAUGUGUUUCACUAUCCAGUGAGCAUGUGCAUUGCCACGGGAAUAGGGGUCACUCCCUUUGCCGCUCUUCUGAAAUCUAUCUGGUACCAAUGUUGUGAGUCACAAACCCAGUGGAAGCUGAGCAAGGUGUAUUUCUACUGGAUUUGCCGAGAUCCAGGAGCCUUUGAGUGGUUUGCCGAUCUCUUACUCUCGCUGGAAACAAGGAUGAGUGAGCAAGGGAAAACUCACUUCCUGAGUUAUCAUAUAUUUCUUACUGGCUGGGAUGAAAAUCAGGCCUUUCACAUAGCUUUACACUGGGAUGAAAAUACUGACGUGAUUACGGGAUUAAGGCAGAAAACCUUCUAUGGAAGACCGAACUGGAAUCACGAGUUCCGGCAGGUAGCCUACAGUCACCCCAGCAGUAACAUUGGAGUGUUCUUCUGUGGACCCAAAGCUCUCUCAAAGAUAAUUCAAAGAAUGUGCCGCUUAUAUUCAUCAGCUGACCCCAGGGGCGUUCAUUUUCAUUAUAACAGAGAAAGCUUCUAG